UCGCGGCAUCAUUCCACUAGCGACACCGAGGUGGUGGAUCAAACGCAUGACGUGGGGAAUGCGGGAAGAACUUCGACAAUGCGACGACGCCACGGAUUACUACUUCAACGAGAAGCAGUACAGCGUCGAGGAGCAGCAGAGGGACCACCAGAAGCAGCACAGCGACGAGGAGCAGCAGAGGGAGCCUGCGGUACAGGUUGAGGUCGCAAUGACGGUGGGAACUGCCGUAACGUUGAAUAUUGGUGGAGCUGCAACAGCAAACAGUGGUAACGGUGGCGAGCAGCAACAGGUAGUGAUGAUGGCUAUGGUGAACGGCGGCAGCAUCCGGUGCUACUUGGUGCCCUGCAGUUACGAGGUAGUGUUCACAAAGAACGACACAGACGUGAGAAAGUACAUGCGGAAGGAGUUAGACAAAUAUUUACAGGGUCGCGAGUCGAGUAUGGAGUCCGAGCCUAGGUGUGGAGAUUGGUACUAUGAAGAGGGGUUGGACGGUCGGAGCCGAAAACAGGAGUUAAGAUGGCAUGGUGGACCGCCUCUAGGACCGCUGGGUCCGAAGUGGAGAGGCCCUAGCGGUGAGGACGCAAGGGAUGGAUAUGCGCUCGAACCAAGUUGGGAUCGUAAUGCAGUUGAUGACCGAUGGAACUUCCAUUGGGGGGAGUUGAGAGACAGACGGUGGAGAAGUCCCCGUCCGACCCCGCCAGGGUCACCGUAUGAGGUCGGUAGAUCGUCUGGGAUGAGCUGUCAGAGCUUGCGGGUCCAAGCAAUGCCACCACGAGUACCACAUCGAUUGCACCUGAGAGGAAGUCCCAUCAUGAGCAGACCCCUAAGAGAACCUCCCUAUUUGGGUGCCUUACAGGGGGGAUGCACUGACGAGAGAAGUUUCGGUGAGAGGCGGGAGGUGAGCGUCAGUGAAUGCCUAUCCUGUAUUGCGAUUGAGGGCGGAGGCUCCCCUUGCCUUGAGUUUAGGGAGACAGUAACUAACCCCUAUCUCAAGGACGAGACUCCAAUAUGUGGCAGUGAGAGCUUCUCAAUAAACACAGCCAGGACGGAUGUUCCCAGCGAUUUAGAUCGCUCGGCACAAGAUACGAAAAAGAUAACCUUGGAGGAGGGCAGGUUCGGAGUUUAUGGGGUCCGGUUCGAGGAGCUGCCCUUGUCCGCGUUAGGUCCUAAGGAUGGAGAGACAGAGGAGGGAAAUUUUGGAAAAACGUGCUCUCCUGGAAUGAUGUGCAAGAGUCGUCGCGGUUGUGAGUCAACUGCAAGGGUAGUGAUAGAGGAUGUGAGGGUUGAGAACCCCAGGUUGUCCCUAGACGAAGACUGGGCUGAUGAGUUGAUCAAUAGGGGAGUGAGACGAUACAAGGUUGGAGUUACCUAUGAUGAGAUGAAGACGAGUGGCCCGAUGUGCGGGGGUCUGAUGAGUCCAGUCGAAUCGAAUCCGGCUGAAAUGGAAGCUUUGGAAUACAGCGGAAAGUUAGUGAGCGAUUUACCGAUGGGGCCUCAAGUCGUCCUCGAGAAGGGCAAGCCAUUUCAAAAAGAGGUCAAAGUAGAGACCAAUGUAAAAACCAUUGUGAGGGGAGGAUUUUACUUGGCGAAGGAACUGGUCAUAUCAUCAUUUGGAGCAGUGUGUCUGGGAGUAGCGAUUGGCAUUUGGAGGCGGGUCGCUGUCACUCUGUGCCGCGUACGACUGUACUCACCAGGGAUGGGUGUGCAGUUCAGUUGAUCGUUUUGAUCUGUCGUGUGGGCCGUGAUCCGUGUCCUUGAGUCUGGCGGUGCUGGAACCUUGACACUGGUGAUGGCAGGGGCAAUGUCCGGUUUCAGUACCCGUGGUGCGCGGGCCGUGGUCCAUUCCAAAAACAGUGCUAGAGUGAUGCUGUCGAGAUUGACAGCGACAAAGGGGAAAGGUUUCAAUGCCGCCUCAUUCAGCGGUUGUGGCUCUUCGCUCUUUUCGACUUCCAUCACCUCUUCCUCCCCCAUCUCUGGUGCCGUCUCUCGGUCGCAAUCGUCCCGACUGACCUCUUCUUUGUGUCCUUCGUCGUCUUCCACCUCUUCUCCUUCUUCUUGCCGUUUAUCCUCGUCCUUUACACCCCCACUUGCUCGCUCCUCCACGUCGGCUUGUUCGUCGUCUUCAUCCUCUUCUUCAUUAUCAUCUGUAUCUCGCACGUCAUCGCCCUCUAGUAUGUGCACAACUUCGCCGGCACGUUCUUCCCCCAAUGCUGCUUCGACUAGGCGACAACCAGCUUCGGUCAGGCCGAGGACUGGCUGCGAGUCUGAGAAACCGGUUGGUCACAGAUGGCGUACAACCGAUCCAAUGAGUUCCCGCUCUCUUCUCCCUCGGUAUGCAGCUCUGGCCGCUGCUCAACUUCUGCACAGGCUGAGUGUUAGCGAAACUGGAUGCCUUUCUUUCAUUCAAGAUGACGACGGUACAUAACUAUGUCCACUUGUUUCUAAAUGAAACAUGGAAGACUAGAAAAUUAGGCUAUUGGAGCAUUUUUUGGGUCAAUGUGGAAUGGCUACUGACAUCUCUGAGAUAUAUCGCGAGGAGGCAAUUGAAGUUUCUUUAUCCCUCAGGCAAAGUGCGAACAUAACAAUUCUUUGGGUUUUCAGAUAACAGGACGUAAUAACAGAAAAAAGAACUCGUCUUUGUGAAGGUUCUAGUCUCGAGGUAGACGACAUGGUUUUGUCCUUCUUCAGAUAUUGUUCACUACCGUGUACUUGGUUGUUACCGUACUUGGUUGUUACCGUACUUGGUUGUUACCGUGUACUCGGUUGUUACCGUGUACUVGGUUGUUACCGUGUACUCGGUUGUUACCGUGUACUUGGUUGUUACCGUGUACUUGGUUGUUACCGUACUUGGUUGUUACCGUGUUAGCCAUCACUGUUGAUCCAUGGCUGACUGAAAGCUUGCCGUCGGGUUGAUUGGUGAUGUGGAAUAAAUGAUGCCAGGCUUC